GAGCUUUGCGCCUUAGAUGAGAAAGGCUUGGAGGACUUGAGCACAAAGUAUGGCUCAACUGUCAGAAGUCUGAAGCGUCACAUCAGGACCUUGACUAAGGCCUCCAUCUACAGGCAGAGGUUGCUCUUGCAGAAUGAGGAGUUGGAUGAUGAUCAGAGUUUGGCGAACUUGACCGCUGGAGCUACGGGAGGUGAGCGCAGAUUCUUGGAGCUCCAGCUGCUGCAGAUUCCCUGGCAGGGGCUCGCCCAUCCCGAUCUGUUUUCAAACUAUGAAAAGUUGAGGGAAGCAAUUGAGCAAGCCUCAUCCCAAGAAGUGGAACGAAUUUUGAGGAUCCCGAUUCAUCCUGAUGUUAGUGAAAAGAUGUUGCUCGACGAAAACCGAAGGAGCUCUCUCAGAAAGAGCCUCAACAAAGCCGGAAAAAACGAAGACUGCGGUGACCGAUCGGUGGAUUUCCUUCGAACUGCCUUUUAUGCUGCUGCCAAAGUCGGCGACCCUGAGAUUGUGGGUCAUCUUCUGGACGCAGACGCUGACCCUAAUGCCCAAGGUCGCUUGAAGUUCGCAGCGAUGGAGAGCCAGUUGGAGAUCGCCCGCUUGUUGCUGGAGGCGAGAGCACAUCCGGAUGGCUCCAGGGCGUCCAGGGCGUCCAGGGCGUCCAGGGCGUCCACAUCGUCAGACAGUGAGGUAGAGAGCGUUGAAGAAGUGCCGUUGUGUAUGGCGAUUGAAAACCGCGACCUGCCAAUGAUCAAGCUUUUGUUGCAGAGUGGAUGCGCAAGAGAUCAUAUCUACGAAAAUGGUGCCACAGCUUUGAUGACAGCUUGCGAGAAACAGACUGAUGAAGUGGUGAACACAUUGUUGCAAGCGGGUGCCAGUGUGAACAAGAGUGAUUCUGAUGGGCAGACACCUUUGAUGGAAUGUUCCGUGAAGAAUUUGGAGAUGACCAAACUGAUGCUGGACUUCGGUGCCGAGAUCAAUUCCAGAGAUCUUCAGGAUCGAACCGCAUUAUUCCUUGCGUCAGGGAGUGGUCGCAACGAGGUCGUGCAGUGUUUGCUGCAGUCACGGGCAGAAGUGGAUGCUGCGGAUUGUCGAUGUCGAUCCCCGUUGUGGGUGGCCGCUCGCAACGGACACCUGGCAGUUGUGCAAACCUUGAUCGGUGCUGGUGCUCGUAUCGAUCUCACUGACCUGGAUGGCCGGAGUCCAGCGCAAAUUGCCAAGAGAUUCAAUCACCAAAGUAAUCAAGAGCCAAACAAAGAG